AUGUCAGGGUCCCCGCAGCACAAAUAUCUGGGACGAUUAGGAUCUGUGAUCACGGGUCAUCUGUUCCUCUGUGAUCCACAUCUGCGUGUCAAACAAAAGCGAUUAGCCUGUGAUCUGGGGGCGAGAUGGACCAAGUGGUUAGAACAUGAAUUUACUGACCGGAAGGCUUGUAGUUCGAACCCGACCUCUGCCUCUCGACUUCCCCUGUCUAGGCUUGGGAGACCUGGCAGUAUCUCAGCCCUCGUGUCUCCUUCAUGUGGCGUGGCAGCUAGGCACCUAAAGGGUGUUACAGCUGAACGAUUAUUAGCCUGUAUAACGGAUUCCUAUGAUUCAUCAGCGAGUCUGAUGAAUGAGUCUUCAGUCUCUAUCUAUUCACCAAUAGUGCUCGGAAGGUCUGAAAGAGUUGCUGUAGGCACCUCCUGGUACGCCUCUGUGAUGAUCAUCGUUAACGCCGGCUUGGGCGCUAGCCUGUUGGCGUUUCCACAAGCCUACGAUCUUGCAGGCGGCAUUCCUAUAUCACUCACCUUUCAAACUAUCUUGGGCGUCGUUGCUGUCGGUUCCCUGAUUAUUUUGUCCUAUUGUGCUGAUCAGAAUGGUACCGGUACCUACCAGGAGACUGUGGAGGCUUGUUGUGGGCAGUGGACAAACGUUAUUUGUUCUGUCGUCAUUGCCGUUUACACAUUCGGUUGCAGCAUAACCUACUUAAUUAUCAUUGGAGAUCUGUGGGACAAGGUGUUUGAUUAUGCACUUACCGAUGAAUCUAUGCGGCGUAUGUGGUAUUUGGAUAGAAAAUUUAUUAUCAGCGUCUCUUCGAUUCUGAUUAUUUUGCCAUUAUGCAUACCAAAACGCAUUGAUUUCCUUCGAUUCGCCAGCACAGUCGGUGUUCUUGGUGUGUGUUACAUUGGCGUGCUGAUUGUGGCGGAAUACUUCACUGACUUACCACCACCAGGACCAAUCAAAACCAGACCCACACAUUUGUCGGACAUAUUUUAUGUGCUACCCGCCAUAUGUUUUGGUUAUCAGUGUCAUGUGAGCGCCGUGCCCGUCUAUGCGUGUAUGCGCGGUCGCCCAAAUGUCCGGUUAUUCGCCCUGACAGCUGGGCUGGCCAUUCUGCUAUGUUAUCUCUCGUAUGUUGCCACAGGCGUUUUUGGAUACCUCAGUUUCGGUUCCCACGUAAGCGCGGAUGUGCUCGUUGACUAUCCCGCUCGACCAGAAGUGGUUGCAGGGCUUGCAUUGCUAGCCAUCAAAACCUAUACCACCUAUCCGAUAUUGCAUUUCUGUGGCCGGUCUGCAAUACAAACGACAGUUCUGCGCUACUCUCCGUGGGCCAGAGAAAACUGGAACCAUAUUGAACCCCGAUGGCGAUACGUAUCCACCACAGCAUGGUUCUUCGUCAGCCUCGUGUUCGCUUUGUUCGCACCAGACAUAGGGCUGGUUAUUGGUCUCCUUGGUGGGAUCGCUGGACUAUUCAUUUUGGUGUUCCCAGGACUGUGUUUUCUGAACGUUUUGUUGAGACAGUCCCCCGGGAAUCUAAGCGCCAAAUCAAGCGCUGGCAUUGCGAUGGCAAUGUUGUACAUCAUACUGGGAGGAUUUCUGUUUGGACUCACAACAGCGCAGUCUAUCAUGCAGUUUAUUAAGCACUUUUCUCGGUCUGCUAUAUCUGACACCCUCGUACACGAUCCAUUAGCUUGGUUCUCAAGAUUCCUUACUGCUGGUCACGUCAAAUAAUUAGUUUAGAAUCCGCCUACAAAUGGUCUAUGCAUAAUUUUUAUUUUACAGUUUGACUGUAUCGCUCGUCUUUGUUAAACCUUCAAUUACUUUUGAUUUGUUGCAUGAUUCUUUUGGUGCGCUCCAUUCUUUUUAUCGUUUUUUUAGACUGUGUUGCCACAAAAAAAUCCUAUGCCUUUU